AUGACCAAUCAGCGCAACGGUGACGAUUCCCUUAAUGACGCUGCUCGUGACAGGGAGGCUCCUUGGAGAGCCGAAUUCCAAGAGCUCCAGCAGAACCAGCAAACGAUGCAACAGGAGAUACGACAGGAGAUGCGCCAGAUGCGGGAGAUGAUAGAGCGCAUGCACAUAGGUCCUAAUCGUAAUCACAGGGACAAUGAUGCCCAUGAUGACGAUGGGAUCCGAGUAAGGCCUAUUCCUCAUCAACCACUUGCACCCAUAAACCGACCACCGGCCUAUGACGAUCCUAGUGACGAUAAAGACUUCGCUGAAGGAGCAUUCGGACGGGACAUUGAGGUAGAUCGAAGGGGAGAAUUACGUAGAGGAGUCGGUCGUGGUGGCACAGGCUUCAGAGGUUAUGAGCACGGUAGAGUUGGCCAUAUGGGGAAUGUCUAUGACGGCGCUGGCUACCGAGAUGCAUAUGGAGAGCAACCCAGACGUCAGGAUCUUGGUAGGGAGGAAUCCCACGAAUACCGAAUGAAGAUUGAUCUCCCAUCAUUCAACGGGCAUCUUCAAAUCGAAGAUUUCUUAGAUUGGGUGAUGGAAGUAGAGAGGUUCUUUGAUUAUAUGAGUAUUCGCGAGGAUCGCAAGGUGAAGUUAGUGGCAUACAAGUUCAAGGGAGGAGCUUCUGCUUGGUGGGAAAAAUUACAGAUUUCCCGAGCCCGACAAGGGAAGGGACCUGUAACUUCAUGGUUGAAGAUGAAGCGGCUACUCAAAGCACGUUUUUUACCACCGGACUUUGAGCAACGGCUAUUCCAACAAUACCAAGAGUGUCGACAAGGAGGUCGGACCAUCCAGGCGUAUGUUGAUGAUUUCUAUCGCCUAUCUGCUCGGAAUGAUCUCAUGGAGACAGAGGAUCAACAAGUUGCAAGGUUUAUUGGUGGACUGCGUGUGGCAAUACAAGAUAAGGUUUCUAUGCAUCCUGUCUUUACUUUGAAUGAGGCAGUUAGUUUGGCAACCCGAGCAGAGAAGCAACUGGAGAGGCCUAAAGCAACAACCUGGGAGCGAAACCCGAGCGAUUCGACGAGACCAACGCAGGGUCGGGGAAAACAACCUCUAGUCCCGACUGUCACACCAAGUCAACCAGUGACUUCCACGGGAAAAGGAGCCAGUAGCAGUUCAAGCACCUCGAGACAACCAGCCAACAAUCCAUACGCACGGCCCAAUCUAGACAAAUGUUUCAAAUGCAACCAACCGGGACAUAGGUCGCAUCAAUGUCCCCGGAGGCAGAUGGUAAACUUGAUCGAACCUGAGCCAGAGGGAGGGUCCGAGAAUGGAGAUAUUGAUACACCCGAGUAUGAAGAAGAGGAGUUGGCUGACGCUGAUGAGGGAAUCCCACUUUCCCGAUCCUUAGUAAUUCAACGUUUACUCUUGACACCGAGGCAAGAGGAUCAAUCUCAAAGGCACAAGAUUUUUCGUACUCGCUGCACAGUCAACCAAAGAGUAUGUGAUGUGAUUAUUGAUAGUGGUAGCGGGGAGAACGUAGUGUCGAAGGAGAUGGUUUCAAAGUUGGGUUUGAAAACUGAGAAGCACCCAACUCCAUAUAAGAUCGGAUGGAUCAAGCGGGGAACCGAGACACUAGUAACCGAGAGAUGUCGUAUCACAUUUUCGAUCGGUAAGCAUUACUCGGAUUCUAUUUUGUGUGAUGUUGUCGAGAUGGAUGCAUGCCACUUAAUCCUGGGAAGACCGUGGCAGUUUGACGAAGUCAAAAAUUCUACUUAUUCUAAGGGAAAGCCGAUCCUCCUAUCCACUGGAUCAGAAUUUAUAGAAGAAGUUAAGGAGGCCCGAGACAUCAUAGCAUUGGUGACCAAGGGAACCCCGGGCUCCGUCUCACAAGAAGUUCCUGAGAUAAUGCGAUCGAUGUUAGAAGAAUUCCAAGACAUCAUGCCUGAAGAGAUGCCCGAAGGACUGCCGCCCAUGAGAGAUAUCCAGCACUAUAUUGACUUAGUGCCGGGAGCAAGUCUCCCGAACUUGCCACAUUAUCGAAUGAGCCCAAAGGAGAAUGCUAUUUUGCAAGAGCAGGUAGAGGGGUUAAUUCGGAAGGGACACUUGCGAGAGAGUAUGAGUCCAUGCGCAGUACCGGCCCUACUUGUACCGAAGAAAGAUGGGAGUUGGCGAAUGUGCGUGGAUAGCCGGGAAAUAAACAAGAUCACGGUCAAGUAUCGGUUUCCGAUUCCCCGAAUAGGUGACAUGUUUGAUAUGCUAUCUGGGGCUAAGAUUUUUUCGAAGAUUGACUUGAGGAGUGGAUGUCACCAAAUCCGUAUACAACCAGGAGAUGAAUGGAAAACUGCGUACAAGACUAAAGAGGGGCUUUAUGAGUGGAUGGUGAUGCCUUUCGGCCUUUCGAAUGCACCAAGCACUUUCAUGCGACUCAUGAAUCAGGUACUGAAACCUUUUAUCGAAAAAUUUGUCGUUGUCUAUUUCGAUGAUAUUCUUAUCUAUAGUCGCAACCCGGUGGAUCACAUGGAUCACGUGAGGAAAGUGUUGGAGGUUCUCCGUGAAAAUAGGUUGUUUAUCAACUUAAAGAAGUGUAGUUUCAUGAUGGAUCGGUUACUCUUCGUCGGAUUUGUAGUCGGUGCCGAUGGAAUCCGAGUGGAUGAAGGGAAGGUGAGAGCAAUCCGAGAAUGGCCCACACCCAAGUCAGUGGGAGAAGUAAGAAGUUUCCAUGGGUUAGCAACUUUCUAUAGAAGGUUCGUUCGGAAUUUCAACAGUAUUGUAGCACCGAUCACCGAGUGUAUGAAGAAAGGAAAAUUCAAUUGGGGUGAAGAAGCCGAGCGAAGUUUCUCAAUCAUCAAAGAAAAGCUAUGCACAGCACCUGUACUUGCCUUACCUGACUUUGACAAGCUGUUUGAAGUUGAAUGUGAUGCAUCAAUCAUCGGGAUAGGAGUCAUGUUAUCUCAAGAAGGGAAGCCCGUAGAAUUUUUUAGUGAAAAGCUCGGAGAAGCAAGACAGAAGUAG